GUUUGGCGUUUGGUCAACCUUAACGCAUAAUAUGAGGUUCUCAAGGUCGUUCGAUGGCUUUACCUGAGAUUGUAUAUAUUGAUGCUUCGGAAAGUGGCUGUGACUUGAGAACAUUGUUUGAUAACUUGCUUAAAAUACGUGAUUCGGAGUAUGAGCUCAAAAUUGAUUGCAAAUACUACUCAGCUGAUACGAUUAUUCGAUCCCUAGACAAAUUAUAUGCUCUUAACAAAUCACCAGAGUUUCUUAAUGUUCACGGGGUUAUCAUUUAUUUUUCCGGGGAUAAGGUAAGGAUACAGUUACCCGUAUUCUCCCGUUUUAAUGGUUAACAACAUCACGUUUCAAGCAGAAUGCAAAGAUAAAAUAAAGACAGAGCGUGUAAAAAAAAUACUGAAGAAUUUCCCACAGAGAUGUCAGUGUAGACAUAGGCGACAAUGCUUGAAAUUUUCUUUUGCCUCUCCGAGGUGUCUAGUUGGAACGAUGCUCUUAAACUGAUGAGCUUGGCUAUCAGUCAUGACAUAUCCAUACGGAUUCUAGUGUGUCAUACUGUUAAUCCGUCUAUUCUGUUUCCUUCUGAGUCAGAUGCUUUUUCGGUUAUGACACGCAUUAUUCUGGAUCAUGAGUUUGAGCUAGUUGAAAUUUCGCCAAAUGAAGAUACUAUUGAAGAAGGCGAAGAAUUUGGAGUAAAACGAAUAAUAUCUAUAUUGGAAACACAUAUUUGGCCAAAUAUGAAGCCUAAAGGUCAAAAUAAUCUAAACCAUUUGAAAUCAAUUAAUAAUAAAUCUUUAAAUAAUGAAAAUCAUUUAAAUUUGGUAAAUAAUUUAUCCAAUAAUAUAAAUAAGAUAAAUUUAAAUAAUAAUGAAUUUAUUAAUUCAUCAUUAAAUAAUGAAAGUGAAUAUGAAGAAUUUUUCAAACAUUUACCAAAAAUACGUAAUGAGAUAGCUUCAUUAAAUUCUACAGAUAGAUAUAAUAUGGCUGAAAAAAUAACAUGUAAAAUUUGGAGAGCUAUUGGCGGUUCCGAAGAAGAGAUUGCUGGUUUACAUUCAGAUUCUGACUAACUUUUUAUUUUCUUCUGUGGGAGAAAAAUAAUUGAGGACAAUUCAGUGAUUACUUUUCUCAUGUUCUGUUUUCUAAAAAAAAAACAACAUUUGCAGUCAUAUUUAUUACUACAUAUUAUUGUGAAAGUAAUCAAGUAUUGAUUAGAAUUAUGUAGUACAACUAUGUUUUUUGUCCUCUAUAAUUUCUUGUUGUUUAUUUUUCCUUUACUUACUAAUUCUUUAUCAUUUCAUUUUGAACUUUUAUUGAUGUUAUUUUUCACAAUGGGAAUUUAUUCGUUCUUAUUUUUUUCGGGGCAUUUCUCACUUUUCCAUUUCAUUUUUUGUAUAUUCGGUUGGAAUUAAGUCAAACAAUUGCAUAUAUAUAUAUAUAUAUAUA